UACCGAUUACUCUUUUUUUAUAUUGUUUUUAAUAUUUUCAGGAUAAGGUAUGAACCUUACCCCAGAAAAGCCACAGAAAAUCCUAUUAUAAGGACAACUUCACAAACCAGGUUUAAAGUUAUUGGUUUGGAAGGGGGGAAGACUUAUGUGUUUUAUGUUUCCACUCUGUCCGGUGAUGAAGAAAGUGAAAUUGUUAGUGGAAUUAUCUCUACAAUUAACGAAGUCUGUCUGGUGAAUGGGAUCUGGCACGGCAAUGAAGAACUUUUUUUUAAGCGUAACAGAAACAACUACUUGCAAAAAAACACUUGCACUCGAAGUAGUAGUGGUGUACAGUGGCAGUGUGACCCUAUAUUGUGUAGAGAAGAUGAAUCCAACCAACGUUCAUGGACACAUGUUGAUGAAACUGGAUCAUUCAUGCAAACAUGUGCUUGUAUUUCUGGCAGUUUAAAAUGUACUUACGCAGCGCCUUUGCCUUCAAAAAAAGUUGACUACUAUGAAAACGAUGAAGCGUUACUUAAAUGUCCAUACCACGCUACGUCCCGUACACCAACUAUUAGAUGGUACAAAGUUGUGGAGGGGGAGAGACUACCUAUAUAUACAUAUUCCUCAUCAAGUCAACAAGAAUAUGAAGAAAGAUAUGCUGGAGAUUUAUCUGGAAGGCUUGGUUUGCAAGAUCGAAAAGAUCUGAUUAUUCGUGACUUGCAACCCAGAGAUUCUGGGUUAUUUGAAUGUCAUGUGGAAUACGCUGGUGUUCAACCAGCCACUUAUUACUCCAAUGUAACAGUGAUAUCAACAACAAGCCAUAUCCCAGGCAACUCAAACUCAAACCAACCCCAAGUUACUACAAACACAAUUAGUUUGAACUGGGACGAUGUAGAAGACGUGUCUCAUUAUUUAGUUGAAUAUCAAGAUGUCACUCAUAAUGAAGAUUCUCGCAUUGUGUCCGUCGCCCAGCCAGAAGUUUUUUUGGACCGACUCCAUCCGAGUACAAUGUAUCGAAUAACAGUAAUACCUGUGGUUGACGGAAUACGUGGGCAGCCUAUUAAGACAAUUAUAGUGAAUACCGAUGGUGUGAGCGUCCCACAAAGUGCCCCACAAACGACUACUCCAACUGCUGCUCCUAUCAGCAACAUUGCUCCGCCAAGGAACUUAAGGUUUGAUGGGAAAGGCAGAACAUCAGUGAGAGCUUUGUGGAAUGCUCCAUAUGCUACACCUGAUUCUGGUGAACAGUACAGGAUAGAAUACAAUCUGAGAGAUUCUCCAAAUGAACCAGAAAUUAUCCGAACUUCGAAUCUGUACCUUCAAGUGCAAAACUUGAACCCAGGAUCUACAUAUCAGUUCCGUGUGUUUACAGAACUGUAUGGUGGAAGUAGCGAACCAGCUGUUGGACUUGUAACAACAAGACCAAUCGGUAAAAUAUUGGUGCAAGCGUCUACUGAUAAAAGAUCUCACGUAAAAGGGGAAACGGCUCAAAUAUAUUGUCGGUAUGACCAACAUACACCUGGAGAACAUGAAGUACUCUGGCUCAGAAAUUAUAAAAAUGGAAGCUUUUAUCCGCUUGCAGUGUAUAAUACAUCUACUUCAAUGCUUAUGGAAUCUGAAAACGUUGGAGAUUACAGCGGGCGUUUGAUUUCGAACGAACCAACUCGACUUCUCAUUCAAAACCUUCGUUCAACCGACGACGGGACGUAUAAAUGUAUCGUUAAAUUUCUGACAGGAGGCGGUUCAGGCUCAACACGGAUAACUGUCGUUGGACCUCCUAAUAAAGUUUACUUCACAUCGGCGAACCGGAGUUCCGAGGUUGGAAAUUAUUUGCUGUCAUGGCACGUUGAUGAUGUGCCGAGAGCCACCAAGUUUUACCUAGGUGUUCGGAAAAGAGGUUCAAGACGGACAUACAAUUUCCAAAUGGCUGGAAAUGCAAGGUCGUUUUUGUUCCGUAAUUUGAAAGAAGGCAAAACAUAUGAGGGAAAUGUAAUUUCAAAUAAUCGCUACGGAAAUUCUACUUCUUCGGACUUUUAUUUUUCAACUCCAUCAACAAAUGCACCAAAUCCGCCUACAGCAGUCAAUCUUAUUGACUUGUCACCGCGUCGAAUUUCUUUUAAUGUUGAUGGUCCUCGGGAAAAUGUUCAACUCUAUCGAAUAUAUUACAAACCUGAGGGUACCAGUGAUGCUGGUAUGCAGGUCAUUGAAGGAAGAGAUAACCCAUUCACCAUAACUGGAUUAACUCCCAACACCCCAUAUAUAUUGAGAUUAGUUGCUGUAAAUGAUGAUGGAACAUCUGAGCCUUUGAACACAGCAAUAAUAACACCCAAGGAACCUCCGGCAAAACCAGUUUUGUUGCAAACAACAGAAGAAGCAAGACUUGCCACAUUAAGAAUAAGUGAAGGUGAUGAUGUAGAUUAUUAUGUCGUCACUUACAAAGCUUCGUAA